AUGGUGGUGGGCGCGUUCCCCAUGGCGAAGCUGUUCUACUUGGGCAUCCGGCAGGUCAGCAAGCCGCUGGCCAACCGCAUCAAGGAGGCCGCCCGCCGCAGCGAGUUCUUCAAGACCUACAUCUGCCUGCCCCCAGCCCAGCUGUACCACUGGGUGGAGAUGCGGACCAAGAUGCGCAUCAUGGGCUUCCGGGGCACAGCCAUCAAGCCGCUGAAUGAAGAGGCAGCGGCAGAACUGGGCGCUGAGCUGCUGGGCGAGGCCACCAUCUUCAUUGUGGGCGGAGGCUGCCUGGUUCUGGAGUACUGGCGCCACCAGACUCAGCAGCGCAACAAGGAGGAGGAGCAGAAGGCAGCCUGGAAUGCACUGCAGGUCGAGGUGGGCCGCCUGGCGCUGGCACUGGAGACGCUACAGGCUCAGGCACAGGCGAUGCCCUCUUUGAGUGCCCUGGAGGAGCUCCGAGCUGAGCUGCGGGAGGUGCGCGCCCAGGUCUGCAACAAGCACUCCACUCCCAAGUGCCAAGCAGCAUCUUCCAAGAAAUAGUCGGCUGCUGGGGCCCUCAACAUGGCCUGUCCUGCCCUGGCCCAGCAGAAGCCACCGGGACCUUGAUGCAACUGUGACCUGUGGUCACCCCUUACUGACAAAAUCCGGGCAU